UCGCCAGAAAACCAGCCCUUAUUAUGCCGAACUGUAAGCACACUCCCACUGUGCUUUGGUGUCCCACCACCCUCCUUGGGAACAACAGUAUACCUGCUGUAGCAUCCUUCGUUUCCAAUAUGGCAGCCAUGUGCACCCCUUUUUAUGCCGACCAUAAUGUGUUUAUUUCCUGUCUGAGAACUUUCAGCUCUCCUUUUUCUCCGGUUCCAAUGGCUGAGAUGACUGGAAGCCUGAUGCAGUUCUUGAGUGGCUGUGUCCUUCAUCUUGCUUCAACACACCUGAUUCCAACACGAGCUGUUCAGCAGAACUCUGCAGAGCUGGACUGCUACUAGGAGGAUUAGCCCUUUGAUUCAGGUCUGCGGCGCAAGAGUCAGAUGGAACGAUACAGGACCCCCUGCCCUGGUGGAUUUCAGUCUGACUUUAGGGAUGAUCCAGGAGGUUGGGAUCCAGAGGGAUCUACUUCCUGUGGGCAGAGAGGUUGCUGGAGUCGUCCUCAAAGUUGGAUCCAAAGUGACCUUCUUUCAGCCGGAGGACGAGGUUGUUGGAGUUCUUCCUCUAGACUCGCCCUGUUCUGGACUCUGUGAACUUGUUGACGUAGACGAAUACUUUUUAGUUCAGAAGCCUGAGAAGCUCAGCUGGGUCAGCGUGGCGGCAGCGCUGCGUGAUGGAGUGUGUGCUUACACCGCUCUGCACACACACGCUCGCAUGGCAGCCGGACACACGCUCCUGGUCUUGGACGGGGCCAGUCCCUUCGGCCUCAUGUGCAUCCAGUUGGCUUGUUAUCAUGGAUUGAAGGUUCUCGCCACCUCCCACUCUCCACAGCAGCAAACGUUCCUGGAGCAGCUUCGGCCCAGCGUAGGCAUUCAGGAUCCUUUAGUAGCCAGAGUUAUCCCGGUGCAUAGCGGAUCUGACCCGCUAUCCGUGGUCCUGGAGGAGACGGGGGGUCUGGGAGUGGAUAUAGUCGUGGAUUCUGAAGUCCGUCUGCAUGAAGAUGAGGAAGAGGGUGAGGAGAGGAAACUUCUCCCUCACAAGCAUGACAUCAUCAGUGUGCUGGGGGUGGGCGGCCACUGGGUCACAUCCCAUAAGAACCUGCAGCUGGACCCUCCAGACUGCAGGUUACUGCAUCUGAAAUCAGCCUCCGUGUCUUUCCUCAACCCAGAGGUCUGGACUGCUUCAGCAGCGCAGCAAGGGCGAUACCUCCAUAUCCUGAAGGACAUUGUGGAGAAGAUGUCGGCUGGAGUUCUCAGACCUCAGACAGAAGAAGCUGUUCCUCUCUAUGAAGCCACAGUCGCCAUGGAGACCGUCCAGCGCCAUCACAGGAAAAAGGCUGUUGUUCAGCUUUAAUAGAUCGUAGAUCUGUAGGACCAGAUGUUUUCUGGAAGUCAAAUGGAGUUGAUUAAAAGCAUUCCCAUUUUUUCUCCAAAUGGAAUUAAUGGCAGUUCUAAUGUUAAACGUUCCUCAUUAAAUGUUUAUUUAAAAAGUUGAGCACAGAAUCCAGGAAGGAUUAAUCAGAAUAUCGGUUAGAAAAAUAAGGCUGUUUGUGUUUCCAUUAUUUCUCCUUAGGAGCUGCAGUCAAUCCAAACUAUUAAUUCUCAUUAAACGAGAUACAAAGUGUGUUUUUAAGGACCAAAAAUCCCAUGUUUUACACUUUGUUUACAUUUUGUAAUGCUUAGGAAGAGCGUUUAGUUGAGAACAAUAAAGCUUCAAAGUUCAAAGAAGGGUUUAGCUGCUGCUAACAUUUCUACCCCUGAAACAGAGAAUUAACUUCAUCCUAGAACAAAGUGCUGAGAAAAGACCAGCUCACUAAAGGAAGCUGCAACGCUGCGGUGCUGUGCUCCAGUGAAGGAUUUAUGGAAGACCUGCUGCUUCCACCAACUUCAGCACAAAGUUUCCAACCUGAGUGUGCAAUAAGAAAAGUAGGCAUGUUUAAAUUUCCCACAUGCUUGUUCAAUACGUGUCAGCUUUGCCUUAGACUCUUCGCUGCCAGCCGUGCUCGUGCAUCUCGCUCUGCCCUGGUGGUGCGUUCAGCAGCUCUCUGCUCUCUCAACAUCUCCUGUGUGCUUCUGAUUUAAUAAAAUAUGUGGCUGAAUAGCAGAGUAUAAACAAG